GGCUCGGAAUGUGAGGGGACUGACUGGGCGGAGAAGUUUAGCCGGGGAUUUCGAGCCGGACCGCCGGGAGAGGGGAGCCCCGGGGACAGGAAGCGUGAGAAUCUUAGAGGUUUUUCAGUAGAAGUGUUGGGGUGCAUUUUCAUUGGUUUAAAAAUGACGACUCUUGAGAGUUUAGAAACUAAAGUCACCCUGACUUCAACCCCAAUCCGAGGAGCAGGAGAUGGAAUGGAAACUGAGGAGUCACCUAAGUCUGUUGAAGUCACCUCUGGAGUCCAGCCGAUAAAGCCCCAUGUCCUUCAGAGUCCACGAAAGAAAGCAGGGACAUCAGAGAGCCCUGGAGUCCUGCAGCUGGGCAAGAUCCUCACUGAGAGAGCGGUGGAAGUCGAAGCUGUGAGAAUAGUAGUUCCCAAAGCUGCUAUAACCCACGUUGUCCCCAAAAAGAAUGUCAAGGUUAAGUCUCUCGGCCGUCAGUCAGGGGGGGCUUCAGAGGCGAGGCAGGAGCUCGCAGAGGCAAAGCACACCCUGGGGAAGCUCAAGGACUCUGAAAGGAGGCUGCUGCAGGACAUAGAGGGCCUUUCCAACCAGCUCCGAGUGCAGACGGAGGUCAACCGUGAGUUAAAAAAGCUGCUGGUGGCCUCUGUUGGCAAUGAUCUUCAGUAUCACUUUGAGCGUCUAGCCCGUGAGAAAAAUCAGCUUAUUUUAGAAAAUGAAGCCCUAAGUCAAAAUACAGCGCAGCUCGCAGAGCAGUUAGAACGUAUGUCAAUACAGUGUGACGUAUGGCGAAGCAAAUUCCUCGCGAGCAGGGUUAUGGCAGAUGAGUUAACCAACUCCAGGGCAGUUCUGCAGCGCCAGCACCGUGACACAGAGGGUGCUCUACGGGACCUCCUGAGCGAACGGGAGCAGCUUCGCCAGGGAAUGAGAGCCACCCACAAAUUAUUGGAGGAGCUCUUAGUUUCCUUGCAGUGGGGAAGAGAGCAAACCUACUAUCCCAGUACUCAACCUCAAAGCACAGCGGAACUAGCAUUAACAAAUCACAAGUUGGCAAAAGCAGUAAAUGCUCAUCUUCUGGGAAAUGUUGGAACUAACAGUCAAAAAAAGAUUCCUCCAACAGUUGAAUUCUGCAGCACCCCAGCAGAAAAAAUGGCUGAAACGGUUCUUCGCAUGGACCCAGCUACCUGCACAGAAAGCUCACCUGAUAAUCUAUUUUCUGAGUCUUCACCAACCACUUUACUUGCUACAAAGAAAAAUAUUGGGCGAUUUCAUCCCUAUACUAGAUAUGAAAAUAUAACUUUCAAUUGCUGCAACAGGUGCCAGGGGGAGCUUAUUGCCCUUUAACUAGAGCGUGGAGGCAUGCUGCAGGCCCUUGCUGCUACCAGGAGUCAUUAUUAUUCGGAGCUGGGUGCCUAUAAUGUAGAAGUAAUCUCACUUUCUAUUUAAAUCAUGUAUGUUCCCAAAGACGUGUCAUGUACUAGACUCCAGAUUACCCUUUCUCAAAAAAUGUCUCAGGGUAAGAAAAGAAGGAAACUGCAAAUAUACCUAAAGUAGAGAAUGCUUUCCAGACAUCACAAUGCUUUUCCUAAAGGAUCCAAAAGGGAAAACAUUAUGUACCUUCGUUUAGGCCCCAAGUUAUUGUUUAUCUUGCUAAAUAUUUAUAUGAGAUUUAAUUUGUUACCCGAAAUCAGUGAUUGGCAAACUAAUCAUGGGCUGCCAAGCCCAUUCACUUACUGUUGUCUCCGGUGGGCUCUUGUAGUACACAGUAGAGCUGUGUAGAUGAAAUGGGGCUGCAAAGCCUAAUAUAUUUACUACCUGUCCUUUACAGUUUUCUGACCCCUACUCUAGAGGGGUAAUUGGCAGAGGGGUUGGGGAAAGGAGUGUUUUUUCUAUUGUAGGUGAAUUUUGAGGAGGGGGCUACAAAGGAGGCUUAGGAAGUACUAUAGGUGAAGGGACAAAUCUUUUAAAAAUAAGUACUAUAUAUUAGGAAAAUUAGAAAUAUUUUACAGCCCCAUGAACAUGUGCUUCAGCAAAACGUGUUCUCAGGUUGCUUUUGUGCAGGGGAUUCCAUAUUUUGAGUGGAUGCCACUUGGCAUAUAUAAAAUAGAUUCUAACUAUUGAGUUCAUUUGGGCAAAGCAACAAAAAUUUCCAAUUUCAUAUUUAAAAAUAUGGUGGAGAAAGUAGGAUCUUUCUAGAAUACUGUACAAACUCAAACAUGCAAUCCAUCAAUUAAGUUAUAUUAUGUAAUAUCUAUUGUUUAUUUAUGAUGGACAAUCACAAAAUACCCUUUUAUAGGUCUUUAAAAACAUCCAUAAAAUGUUUAUACCAAAUUAUACUAAUUAGUUACAGAAGUGCCUGUCAAUAGAGAAAUCCUCAAAAAUCUGGUCAAAGUACAAUAUAUU